AUCCAGGUGAAUCUUCUUCUUGUUUUGUUUGUUUGUUGGGGUAGAUAAGUAGAUCUAAAACCUUAAUCCGUCUAUGUGUGCCCAAAGAGUAGCUAGAGAUUUAAUUAGCAGUUUGCCAGAUGAGGUUCUUGGCAAAAUCCUGUCGUUUCUUCCGACACAUCAUGCUGCUUCCACAUCGGUUCUGUCCAAGAGGUGGAGGAAUCUGCUUCCGCUUGUAGACAAGCUUGAAUUGACUGACGAUGCAAGUGGUCGUUGUCCUUUAGGCUUCCCUGAAUUCGUGGACAAAACACUUGCUCUCUUAGACAGGCCUUGUUCAGUCAUCAAGAGAUUCCAUUUGAAUUGUGAACAUAAGCAUGAAGAAUCUCGGGUUUACGGUUGGAUUCGCACAGUUCUGGAGCGCGGCUUCUUGGAAGUUCACUUGGAGUCCUCGCGUAUGUAUUGUAUAGAUACUGAGUUCUUCACUAGCAACACACUGGUUGAGCUCACAAUAUGGGGUGCGUUUUAUCCCGACGGUAUUCUUCCUCCUGGGGGUGUGUUUUUCCCAGCGCUCAAAAGACUCUCUCUAGUCUCAGUUGCGUUUGCAGAUUGUGACAUGUACGAGGAUUUAGUCUUUGGCUGCCCUGUUCUUGAGGAGUUAUUCCUAUAUUAUACAGAUGUUAACCAAGCCCCGGCUUGGAAUGGGAACGUCUUUAGCCCUUCCAUCAAACGACUCACCAUCAAUCACGAUUUCCCCGAUUACCCUGAAGUUCACAGUGAAAUUUGGUUUAAUACACCCAGUCUUGUGUACCUUGACUAUUCUGGUCAUGUCUCGCGUUGCUAUACCGCUGAAUUGGGUUCCCUUGUAGAAGCUAGACUCAAUCUUCAACCAUGGGAGCAACUUAUUGACUCAGACGAUGAUACAGACGAUGAGGGUGAUUUUUAUAGUUAUGAUCCUAAUUGGGAAGCAGUUUCGAAAGAUGCUACGGGUCUGGUUGCAAUGAUAAGCAAUGUUAAGACCCUUCACUUGUCUUCAGAUUCUCUUGAGGUAUUUCACUCUCUGUGUAAAGCAAUGCCAGCGUUUCAAAACCUCCUUAAGUUAUCGUUUGAGAGUGACAAAGAAAGAGGCUGGCAAGUGGUGCCACUUCUUCUCAACAGCUCUCCAAACCUGGAAACUUUAGUCAUCAAGGGGCUUGUGCACAAAGUUACUAAUAGAUGCGGGGACGCCUGCAUUUGCAUCCGUAAGAAGAAGGGAGAAUGUUGUUUAUCGACAUGUCAAGUGAAGGUGUUAAACAUUUCAGGGUAUCGCGGAACUUGUCGUGAGCAGAAGCAGAUGAGUCAUUUCUUGGCAAAUUUGAAAUGUCUGGAGACUGUCAAGGUGGGUGUUGAAGUGGAUCACCGAGAAGACAACGAUGCUAAUAAUACGUACCUGCGAAUCACCAAUGCUCUUAUGAAGCUUCCUAGGGUUUCAUCAAACUGUCGGAUCCAUUUCCUCUGAUUUCUCUUUUCCACUGUUGAGGGAGAGUUUGGGCUUUAGGAAAAUGAGGCCCAAUCCAAGAGAAGCCCAUCAACGAAGCAGGUCUCAAGCCCAAAGGCAUCGAGGCCCGGACGACCUCGCCGCCCUACGGGUCCGCCACGUCACAAUACACGAGGGCAAAACCGGUAAAACCUGUCAGGGUACGCCCUACUCCGGAGGAGUAUAAAAGCAGGACGACUAGUCCUGUCACAUCCAUCGAAAAUCACGCUGACACGGCAAGGACACGAAGAGCUCGGCUAGGACACGAAGAGCUCGGCUAGGACACGAAGAGCUCGGCUAGGACACGAAGAGCUCGGCUAGGAGGAAAACCGAUCUCAGUUUGGAAAAAGAAAGCGACCUCAAGCUUUGUUCAACUCGGAAAACAACCUACAGUUCGGCCUAAUCAACGACCCGGACUCCUCAAUCCGACGUCACCAAUCUCGGCUCGCCUAACGCUAUUUGAACUCUCGGCUCGAAUUGUUUUAGGAGAUUCUUUUUACUUCCCUAGAGAAACCCUAUUUCGUACUUGUGUGAUUCGUGCA